GAUGGAACAAGAAGAGCUGCUGCUGCUGCUGCGAGUAGAAAGUCACUGAAUGAGCAGGAGGGUUUUUACUCUACCUCCGUCGACAUGUUUGAAUAAUGAGGAAGAAGAUUAUAUCCCUACGGUGAAUAUGGCACUGUCCAGCUAUUCAGCUUCAGAGUUGAUUGGAGAGUCCAACCUCGGGGGCUGGAAGGUGAUUGGCUCCGGGGGGUUUGGACAAAUCUACAAAGCCAGGCAUCAUCGGUUGUGCUGCGAUGUGGCCAUUAAGCUCCUUCAUCACGAUGACGGGAGCAGUUCAUCUUUGCUGCGUGAGGUGGACAUGAUGAAUCGAGGAAGAAACCCACAUGUUAUUCAGGUCCUCGGGGUCUUCCAGGGGCGACUGCCCAACGCUGGGCCGACGGCACACCUCGGUCUGGUCAUGGAGUUCAUGGAGAGAGGGUCGCUGGCCUCCCUACAGGAAACCUUAUGUGGAGCUCCACCAUGGCCGCUGGUCUUCAGACUGGCUCACCAAGUGGCUCUGGGUAUAAACUUCCUCCACAGCCUCUCCCCUGCCCUGCUCCACCUGGACCUGAAGCCCAGCAACGUGCUGCUGGACUUCCAUCUCGAGGCAAAGCUUACAGAUUUUGGCCUUGCAAGGUUUUACAACAGUGUCUCCCGAGCUUCGAAGAAGGACAGCGAAGAGGAAGGAGGGACGAUCAGCUACAUGCCACCAGAGGCUUUUGACAUAUCCUACAGCCCUACACGAGCCUCUGACAUCUACAGCUAUGGUAUACUGCUGUGGUCCAUCGUCACAGGGAAGCAACCAUACGCAAAUGCAAUGUCCAGCAUCGUGCGGUUUCGCAUCCCCCAGGGAGACCGUCCAUCGCUGGAAGAGAUCAGGAGCCAGGCUGCAGGGCGUGCAGGGUUGACAGGGUUGAUGGAGCUCAUGAUUAAAUGCUGGGAGGCAAGACUCAGCCAAAGGCCCUCCUCAUGUGAGUGUACAACUGUAACAGAGGACCUGUACAAGAUGCACAAACAUGGAAUUAAUGAUGCUGUCCAUGAAGUGCUGAAGAAGCUGGACGAAGGAGAAGAAGAAAGAAUGAUUGAGCAGGUUCAAGGAGUUCAUAUCACUCAGGCUUCAGCGGAUCCUGGAGUUGAAGCUGUGAACAUCUGUGAUCAUGUGCCGACAGGACGUCCACCAGUUCAGGAAAUGGCUGGCGGUUGGACUGCAAAUCUAAGAGACAGAGCAUCGACAGUCAAAGACCAGCCUGCACCUCCACAUACAAAGGUGUGCCAUGUUGACCAGGCCCGCUCAUCAAGAGACUAUGAUAAAAUGAAAGUGUCCUCUGUAUGUCCCAUUGGUUCAUCACCACCGCCUCCUUCGACUAAGAGGUCACCUCCAAGCAGAGCGGCGGACAAUCCCCAAACGGCUUUUAGGCGAGGCAUCUCUUCACAGUACCAGCGUCAGUUUUCCAGCCCCGUCCCUUUCCCCUGCGAUCCUCCCUUGGCACGUCAGGUCUACAUACACCUCAGCAACGUAACUGGAUUUCAGAACGGCAACAACAACAUCAUGCACAUCUACGACGCAGACCCGUUAGAGAGGAGAAGGCACCCAACGGCGCCAUCCAGUGUCAACCUCCCGCCACCACACCCAGGAAGCUGGAAGGACAAGACGGGAGGAGUUGGCUGAGCUCUCGUGGAGCGUUUGGAUUUAAAAUUCUCUAACUUACUUUUACAGUUCUCCAUAAUUGGUUUUAUCUUAAUCUUUAACUUAAUAUUUUCUGUGUUUGCUUUAAAUCUGAGCAGGAUUCAGAUAGCGUUUUAGUUUCACGCAGGCUUUUAAAAUUAUAUACCUGUAUAUAUUUUUUUUUAAUUUUAUCAGACUUUAUUUAUUCUGCUUCUUCUGUUUGAAAUUUUUAAACCAAAGAGCAAAACCUCACGCCUCCCUUUUACCCUCUCAGCAGUAUAAAAUAUGAGCCAAGCCUGAUCAUAUGGUUUUGCUUUUUCACCAGCUACAGUCGACAAUUUUCCAAACCAUUGUUUUGAUACAGGCCUUUUGAAUAUUUAAUGGGAUCAUCAAGAUAUGUGUAUAGCUAUAUAAAUGUAUAUAUGCUGUGUGUGUUUUUGGAAAGUUUUUUUUUUAACUUGCAUUAAUUUUGUUUCCUUUAUACGUCUUUACAUACUUGUGGAGUGCAGAAACAAUGUCCAAACCCGUUGAAUUUUUAUAUAUAUUUUUCAAGGAUUUUUUUGUUGUAUGUAUUUUAUAAUGAAUUUUCUAAGACACAAGACGAAAUGAUGCUGCCAUAAAAACUUGGCAUGUUGGAUUUGAAUACUUCACGCAUGAUGUAGCUUCAAUGAAGUUUCCAGUAUACAGAAAAAAGCUGGUGUGACUCUAUAGUUUUCCUAUUGUCAACAUAUCUCAGGGAAAGCAAAAAGCAACCAAAGUGUAGUUUGUUCAUGACUAUAAGAAAAAUACACAUUAUCAGCAGACUUGUCUUUUAACUCUGAUGGUACUGAAGUGCAAAUAAAAGAGAAACAUUAAGAACAUGGUGAUUGUAGUAGCUGAAGAAAAGUACGGUUUAUAUUAUUCUGAUAACUUAAUAAAUUCUACAUUUGUACUCAAAUGUUUUUGUGGUUAUUAUAUUUGUAUUACACUUUGUUUUGUUUUGUAGCGCACUUGUAAAAUUAGUGUCAUGGCCUUAUUUAUUAUAUAUAUAUUUUCAUAUAGAAUAUAAGACCCACCCCUCACCAUAAAGAUUUUAGUACAGUCCUCAAAUUCUUAUGUCAAAAUUUUUAUUUUGGUGACAUGUUUAGCACCUGUGGUUUGUGCUCUGUAAAGUACCUUUCCUUGUGUUGUCUGUUAAUGAACCUACAGUGUCAGUAGGUGGCACUACUGUUUUUCUUUUCAGCUGUGGUGUUUACCUUACAUCUACCCAUGUCUUCUAUUUACUCCAAUCAAAUCACUAUGAGUUCACCAGGGAAUUUCAUUUUAAGAGACAGCAAAUGCAAAUAAUGAACUAGACACAGGCUAAAUUAGUAUGAUUUUAUAUCAAUAAUAGCAGUAUCUAAAUAAAAAUGAACUUAUAUGAAUAUCAAUGUCAUGGCUAUGAGUUUAAUUCACAAUGUUGUUCUAUGUGUGAAUUUUAUAUAAUUGUUACUUUAUUCUUGUUUUAUCCUUUUGUGAAGCACUUUGCUAAGAAAAUAAAAAAUAAACAAAUAAAAUAAAGCUUAUUUUUAUUAGUA